AUGGCUAUUGCUCCAAUUACAGGUACUUUGAAGAGAAAAAUCAUAACUGACAUCACCAUUGGUUUUGCUGCUGGUUUUACUUUGGCCACUUUAUACUGGUACACUGAGCACACUCCUCUUGUUGCCAAAAGAGAGGCUUAUUAUGCUCAAUUGCAGAAACAAAAGGAAGCUGAAGAUGUAGCUUAA